AGUCUGUGGUUUUUUUAGGAGAAUAGUUUGUAUGGUUUUGAUUAUUUUGCGUUGGCUAAUAAAUUCAGUAGAUAUCUACUUGCAACUUAUUGAGUGUUUAGAAACAUAUGCUAGAGGUAUACGAUUAGCAAGGUUCUCUAUUUCUAUUGUGAUACAAAGUUUAAGCGUAUAAUGUAAACCUCAUAUCGCACCGUUGUCCGCCAUAGGACAAGCUAUUACAUUUGAUAAAAUAUUGUGUCCGUGUUUUAUGUGUGUGUAAAUAUAUGUGAAAAAUGGCUAGCCCGUCUCCUCAAAGCAGUCCGAUGCCACCUCCACAAGUUCCAAGCCCAAUGGGCCCACCAACUCAAAGUCCGGCGCCACCACAAUCUCCACAUAGUCCGUACAAUCAACAACAUGUGAAUGGACCUCCACCUCAUCCAUCUGGACCUGGACAACCACCGAUGUCUAAUCACAUGUCACCUUCGGGACCAUCUUCACAUUCAAUUGCCCCUAAUUCAAAUGGCCCUCCUGGAGUACCCCAGCAACAUCCAGGAAUACCGCCAAGCGGUCAUCAGAUGCCUCCUCACAUGGUAGGCCCACACAUGGCAGGGCCUCCAGGUCAUCCAAUUCCUGCAGCAGCCCACCCUUCAGGUCCUAAUGGCCAUCCAAAUAUGCCAGGAAAUCCUCCUCAUCCAAAUAUGCCAGGGCAGGGACCACCUCAUGGUUAUAUACAGCAUCAAAUGGGACACAUCCCUUCUAGCCAAGGUGGACCUCUACCGAUGGGUGGCGGGCCACCUCCACCAGGUAACGGAUCUCAGGGUCCACCAGGUGGACCAUUGCCGAUGCAAGGUCCUCCGCACGGCGUGCAUCCCCAAGGCAUGCCGCCUGGAGGACCAGGACACAUGCCGCCGCACCACCCCAUGAUGCCCAGUCAGGGCCCACCGGCGCAUCCACCUGGACCGCCUUAUGGACAUGCGCCUCCCGUACCUGGCGCGCCCGCGCCCCCAGCUCCCCAGCCGGGAGUCCCUCCUCAAGGGCAGCCCGGUGGCCCUCCGCAUCCGCCCGCCGCUCAAACACCACCCCAUGGGCAACCCCCAACUCCAGCAGGGUCUGCUAACGGAGCACCGCCCUCCUCAUCGCCUAUGCAGGGCUCUUUGCCCGCACCCGGCCCGGAUAACCUUAACGCUCUUCAAAGAACUAUAGAUUCCAUGGAAGAAAAAGGAUUGCAGGAGGAUCCGAGAUACUCUCAACUACUCGCGCUGCGAGCGAGAUCUAGCAAUGCUCAAGAUCCUAGCAAGGGACUCUUUUCAAAUAAUCAGCUGUGUCAGUUGAGAGCUCAAAUUACGGCAUAUCGAAAUCUGGCUCGCAACCAGCCUAUAUCCCAACAGAUGGCCAUGAUGGCAGCGGGGAAACGUACCAGUGAUACUCCACCAGAAUGCCCCACGCCCCCGGCUCAACCUCCUUACGGAGAUGGGCAGGCCCCCCCGGCUACGUCUGGCGCGGGCGUGGGCCCGGCAGGUGGCAAAGCCGGCGGGGGCGCUGCGGGUGACGCAGCGCGCGGCGGUGGUGGCGCCCCGCCUACUCCUCUACCAAUGACUGGUCAAAUGGCACCUCCAACGCAACCAACGCCGCCACUUGUGAACCCACCUAUGGGAGUAGCGCCACCGAUUCGUGGAAGUGGACCAUUGAGACCGCCGGGACCAGGUGCGACAGGAAUGCCUAACCAACAACAGCCUGGAGUACCUAUGCCAGGCGCGAAACAGAAUCGAGUUACAAGCAUACCAAAGCCAGUCGGAAUUGACCCUCUACAAGUCUGGAAUGAAAGAGAAAACAGGAUUGCUGCACGUAUCGCUCAUCGCAUCGAAGUACUUUCUAAUCUGCCAGCCAACAUCCCUGAUGACUUACGACUGCAAGCUCAAAUAGAACUAAGAGCACUAAGGGUUCUCAAUUUUCAAAAACAAUUGCGCGCCGAGAUAUUGGGACAAGUGCGUCGGGACACGACAUUGGAAACAGCUGUCAAUAUCAAGGCUUACAAACGCACGAAGCGUCAAGGAUUGCGUGAAGCGCGUGCUACGGAAAAGUUGGAGAAGCAACAGAAACUCGAAGCCGAGAGGAAGCGUCGCCAGAAACACCAAGAAUUCCUUCAGACUGUUUUGCAACAUGCUAAGGAUUUCAAAGAAUACCAUCGUAACAAUAUGGCAAAGUUGUCGCGUAUGAACAAGUCUAUAAUGAACUAUCAUGCAAACGCCGAACGCGAACAAAAGAAAGAACAGGAACGUAUAGAAAAAGAACGUAUGCGCCGCUUGAUGGCAGAAGAUGAAGAAGGUUACCGCAAACUUAUCGAUCAAAAGAAAGACAAGCGACUGGCGUUCCUGUUGUCACAGACAGACGAAUACAUCGCUAGUCUCACGGAAAUGGUCAAACAACACAAGCAGGAACAACGCAAAAAGCAACAAGAAGAGGAACGCAGGAAGAGGAAAUCAAGGAAAAAGAAGCUAUUGGAAGGCGGCGAGAUCGACGCUUUGGAUGACAGCUCUCAGACAUCUGACUCUCGCGUUAGUGUGAUGGAUCCAAAAACAGGCGAGAUAUUGAAGGGCGAAGAGGCGCCUCUGCUAUCUCAGUUGAAGGAUUGGAUGGAAACACAUCCUGGGUGGGAAGUCUUGUCUGAUUCUGAAGACUCUGGUGAUGACAGCCAAGAUGAUGAUGAACGUAGGGAAAGAAAGGAAAAGCAGAGAGAGGAGAGAGAUCGAGAGAAGACUGACGAAGAAAAGGCUCGAGAUAUGAUAAAGAAAGCAAAGGUUGAAGACGACGAGUACAAGACCGAAGAACAAACAUAUUACAGCAUUGCGCACACGGUUCACGAAUCUGUCACGGAACAAGCUAGCAUACUGGUUAAUGGAAAACUGAAAGAAUAUCAAAUUAAGGGUCUAGAAUGGCUGGUGUCAUUAUUCAAUAAUAAUCUAAAUGGCAUUCUCGCUGAUGAGAUGGGUUUAGGCAAGACCAUUCAGACAAUUGCGUUGGUUACUUACCUCAUGGAGAAGAAGAAAGUGAAUGGACCAUUCCUUAUUAUCGUGCCGCUAAGUACAUUGUCGAACUGGGUGUUGGAAUUCGAGAAGUGGGCGCCGACGGUCGUCGUGGUUUCAUAUAAAGGCUCGCCGGUGUCGCGCCGCCUCGUGCAGACUCAGAUGCGAUCCACCAAAUUCAACGUCCUCCUCACAACCUACGAGUACGUUAUCAAAGACAAAGCUGUACUUGCUAAGGUACAAUGGAAGUACAUGAUAAUCGACGAGGGUCACCGUAUGAAGAACCACCACUGCAAGCUGACGCAGGUGUUGAACACGCACUAUAUAGCGCCGCACCGGCUCCUGCUGACUGGCACGCCACUGCAGAACAAGCUGCCAGAGCUGUGGGCGUUACUCAACUUCCUCCUGCCCUCCAUAUUCAAGAGCUGCUCCACUUUCGAGCAGUGGUUCAACGCCCCGUUCGCCACCACUGGCGAAAAGGUGGAAUUGAAUGAAGAAGAAACGAUUCUUAUUAUCCGACGUUUACACAAAGUGUUGCGUCCGUUCUUACUAAGGCGACUGAAGAAAGAGGUGGAGAGUCAGCUACCCGACAAGGUCGAGUACAUUAUCAAAUGUGAUAUGAGCGGCUUACAACGCGUACUCUACAAACAUAUGCAGUCGAAAGGUCUUCUCCUUACGGAUGGUUCGGAAAAAGGCAAUAAGGGCAAGGGCGGGGCUAAAGCUCUCAUGAAUACGAUCGUGCAGUUGCGUAAGCUGUGCAACCAUCCCUUCAUGUUCCACCAUAUCGAAGAGAAGUUUUGUGAUCACGUUGGCAGCGGCGGCGGCGUCGUCACUGGGCCAGAUUUAUACCGAGUUUCGGGAAAAUUUGAGUUACUCGAUCGUAUACUUCCCAAACUGAAACAAACAGGACACAGGGUGCUAGUGUUCUGUCAGAUGACACAGUGUAUGACGAUUAUGGAGGACUAUCUCUCUUGGAGAGGAUUCCAAUACUUGAGACUUGAUGGUAUGACUAAAGCUGAGGACCGCGGAGAACUGCUGAAGAAGUUUAACGACGCUAAUUCGGAUUACUUUAUGUUCCUUCUGUCAACUCGCGCCGGAGGACUCGGUCUCAACUUACAAAGUGCCGAUACCGUUAUUAUAUUUGAUUCUGAUUGGAAUCCACAUCAGGAUCUUCAAGCCCAAGAUCGUGCACAUCGUAUCGGACAGCGAAACGAGGUGCGCGUACUAAGACUCAUGACUGUGAACUCUGUUGAGGAAAGAAUUCUCGCUGCUGCUAGGUACAAAUUAAACAUGGACGAAAAAGUUAUUCAAGCCGGUAUGUUCGAUCAAAAGUCGACAGGGUCUGAGCGACAACAGUUCCUUCAAAGUAUUUUGCAUCAAGACGGAGACGACGAAGAGGAAGAAAACGAGGUACCGGAUGACGAUCUGAUUAACGAGAUGAUAGCACGAUCAGAGGAAGAAUUGGAGAUUUUCAAAAAAAUUGACCAGGAACGAAAGAAGACUGAGACUCAGUCGCGACUCAUUGAAGAGUGUGAACUCCCCGACUGGCUCGUGAAGGAUGAAGAUGAAGUUGUGUGCAAUAAGGGUAAAGGUUGGAACUUCUUGGAAAAUGAAACGCUGGGGCGCGGGUCGCGGCAGCGCAAGGAGGUUGAUUACACAAAUUCACUCACCGAGACCAUCGACGAGGAGUUCGAGGAGGACGAGGAAGAGGACGACGACGACGAUGACGCGGUGCUUGAUAAGAGGAGGAAGAAUGGACGGAAGAGACGUCAUCAAGAUGAUUCUGACGAGGAAGAGGUAGCAAGUUCGUCAAAAAAGAAAAGUAAAACGGAAAUUAAUCAGUUGAAGAGACAUAUGAAAAAUAUUAUGAAGAAAGUGAUUGAUUAUAUGGAUGAAGGAGGACGCGUGCUUUCAACGCCUUUUCGAAAACUACCCUCUAGAAGGGAGUUACCAGAUUACUAUGACAUUAUCAAGAAGCCAUUAGACAUCAAAAAGAUUUUGAACAGGAUUGAAGAUGGGAAGUAUAAUGAUAUUUCGGACCUGGAAAGAGAUUUCUUCACACUUUGUGCGAACGCGCAGACAUAUAAUGAAGAAGUGUCUUUGAUAUACAAAGACUCCGUGCGACUGCGCAACGUGUUUAUUGAAGUCCGCCGACGCUAUGAUAAUGGACAAAAUUCAGACGACUCGGACGAAAAUGAAAAAGAAGAUGAAGAAUCUGAUGGGGAGUCAAAUAGAUCAGUGAAAAUGAAAAUAAAGUUAAAAGGCAAAAGCAAGGGAACACCCGGACGAAAACGUAAACAGCGCAAGUAUAUUUCUGACGAUGAAGAGUAUGAAGUGGACUGAAUAAACGAUUAUAAAUUCUUUUAUCUAAAUCUAUUCAGAAGAUCCAUAUUAUAGAAUUUUAUAUGUAAGUUAAAAUGAGAAUUUUCUGUCUUGAAUCAUUAAUGGUUUCAGAUCAUUUAAAUGUUUUAACUAACUUUAAUAGAUAAGACAUUGGUAUUGUUUAAUUAAAAUGUAGUAAACGAGUAAGUAUUUAAAUACAACUCUCAUGGUAUCAAUGAUAUGAAUUAGUGAUAUUUUAAUUAAACAGAUAAUAGUAAAGUAUUUUAAUUAUUAAGUAAUUAAUAUCAUACUUUUAUUUCUUAUUCAUUGUAUUAUUUAAAAUUUCAUAAAAUCGUACAUUUAUUUUAAUGGUCCGACAUUAUUAAUUUCUGUGGUUUGGUUUACAAACUGUUUAUUUUACAAAUAGAUGACAUGUUCACUUACUUGACCAGAGGUAAAUGUAAAAUUUUCUGUGUCAAAAUUAAUAAAUGUCUUUUAGUGUGAAAUAAAAGAAUCCAAUUC